UAGAGAGUAGGGGGCGGUAGUCGGAGGUGGUGGGAGAAGGAGGAGGCGGCGAAUCACUUAUAAAUGGUGCCCAAGCAGGACCCGAAGCCCAAAUUCCAGGAGGGCGAGCGAGUGCUGUGCUUUCAUGGGCCCCUUCUCUAUGAAGCAAAGUGUGUAAAGGUUGCCAUAAAGGACAAACAAGUGAAAUACUUUAUCAAUUACAGUGGUUGGAACAAAAAUUGGAAGGUUCCAGAAAGCAGAGUUCUCAAAUAUGUGGACACCAAUUUGCAAAAACAACGAGAGCUUCAAAAGGCCAAUCAGGAACAAUAUGCCAAGGGCAAGAUGAGAGGGGCUGCUCCAGGAAAGAAGACAUCUGGUCUGCAGCAGAAAAAUGUUGAAGUGAAAACCAAGAAGAACAAGCAGAAAACACCUGGAAAUGGAGAUGGUGGCAGUACCAGUGAGACACCUCAGCCUCCUAGGAAGAAGAGAGCCCGGGUAGAUCCUACAGUUGAAAAUGAAGAAACAUUCAUGAACAGAGUGGAAGUUAAAGUAAAGAUUCCGGAAGAGCUGAAACCAUGGCUUGUUGAUGACUGGGACUUGAUCACCAGACAAAAGCAGCUUUUUUAUCUUCCUGCUAAGAAGAAUGUGGAUUCCAUUUUGGAGGAUUAUGCAAAUUAUAAGAAAUCUCGAGGAAAUACAGAUAAUAAGGAGUAUGCCAUCAAUGAGGUUGUAGCAGGGAUAAAGGAGUAUGACAGAUCUUCUUAA